AUGCCAUGGAGGAAGAAUCUGUUGGAACGCGAUGUCGAACCGACCUGCUCUUGUACCGAUCCAAUCGCCGUUGAGUGGGCAACCAACAAAUUCUUUGCGGAUGCUGCGACGUCUGCUGCAACCCCGGCCGGUUAUUAUCAAGCUUUCAACAAUGGACAAGCAUGGGUUUCAGGAGAUGGGUUUAUUGGACAUACGACAAUUGAUGAGUACGACAGCGACAUAUGCGCGGCGAUCUGCGAUAGCAUUGACGAAUGUUCCUCGUUCGAAAUCUACUUUGAGAAGGAAGUUGGCGGUCCGGCCCCAGCAAUCAAGUGUUCUUUCUGGGCGGGAGCGAUUACUGCCAGUGGUUUAAGUAGCGCGAAUGCCGUAAUCGCUGGUUGCAAUGGCUACACUAACAGCACUCUCACAACCCCCAAAGGAUUCGAUGCUCCGGUGUUCAUGGCAGGCGCGGCAAUUCAUCCACCACCAGCUCCUGGAGUGUUCAUCGGCUCAAAGAUCUUCUACGGACCAUUCGACACUUCGAAUUGCGCCGAGGAGUGCAGCGCGGUCGGUUGCAAAUUCUUCAACACCUACGUUCUCUCGAAGAACGGGGUGAGCCAGGGCCAAUAUUGCGACCUGUACACUCAGCCCUUUGGACCAGAAUGGGCAACGGAAACCGGAAGUUCAGAUGGGAACACAAACUUUACCAUCUCUCACAGCUUCACCUGCGGUUCGGCCGGAGAAAAACGUGGUGAGGGGCAAUCCAACGGCGCAUCCAGCGCCUCCCCAACCGCGACAGCUGUCAGCGGCAGUGGCACAGCAGGGUCUUGGGAGGACAACCAUCCUUGGCAUGGAAGUAGCCCGAAUGCAGGCGGCAGUGGGAAUAGUGCCAGCAGCUCCUCAACCAGUUCCAAGGGCGCAUCUUCUGCAGGACCUUCCCAGACUUCGGUAAAAGCGGCAGGUAGUGGCCCCGGACAAACUGGACGCUCACAGUCUCAUUCGACACCGGGCGCUCCAACUGGUAAGCACUCGCAGCCUGGAGAUGGCACAGGGACCACGGAUUCUUCCCACACAACACCAUUGCAGCCUGGUUCCGGCAAACCCACGGGCAAGCCUGGCCACAAUUCAGGAAAACCAGGCUCGGUUGAUGCAACCACAGUCGGACCUUCGACCUCUCCAGCCGGCCCGAGUGGUUCUGGGACUACUGUUUCCGACGGUGACCUAGGACAUUCAGACCCUGUUGAUGCGACCAGCACCAAGCUGACUAAUUCCGGACCUGGGCGGCCCACGGGAAACACAUCGAACGGCGCCCCCCGGGGUGGUCGUCCGAGCACCUCGGCCGCGAGUCCCGUUAAAGAUCAUCCUGGAAGCACCGACAACGGGUCCGGAGUUCCAGCUGUUUCUACUUCGAACGCCGUGCCGAAUCCAGGCUCAUCCGAAUGGGGCAACUGGGAUACCUGGAGUACUACCAGUAACUCAGCUGGCACAGCUUCCUUACCCGUAGAUGCUACCUCUCAAGGAACCGGUAGCAGCUCGACGCCUGGCGCAGUUGGUGUUGACCCUACCAGAACCUCCACUCCCACGUCUGCAAGCACCUCACAUUUCCUUCCGCCCAGGUCAACUGCUGCCUCUCAUCAGGAGUGGCAUGACUGGACAAGUUCAAAGAGCCCUAUCCUAAGCAUUUCUGAGUCCACUGGCACCCCUACUCUACAGACCGUCGCCGGGUCGACAAGUGCAAAACCGACGAACACACAAUCCGUCCAGACACGCCCUUCAGUUGAUCCAACGAGACCUGGAAGAGGACCUCCACACCCGACGCCCAAAACUUCGUCAGAAAACACAGUUGCUCCAGCAAGCACUGAGUCGUAUUCUGAAAGUCAGUGGCUCGACUGGGAUGCUACUCAAACAUCAACAACCCAGGAGAGAUCACCUACCACGACGAACGAGCCUGCUGCUGCGGCCACCACCAAGACUAGUUCUGUUCCUGAUGGCCGACCGGGACAGCCAGGACGGCCAGGACGGCCAGGUCAGCCAACCCGACCUCCAGUGGGCCGUCCACAGACCACCUGGAGCGCGACAACUGAGGAAGAGACACCCACUUCUACCACAAAAUCAACCACUCCUGCUGCACCUGCUGCGACUACCAAGACAAGUUCUGUUCCUGGUGGCAGGCCAGGGCGUCCGGGUCAACCAACUCGCCCCCCAGUCGGACGGCCACAGACAUCACCCGAUAGAGGGAGCGAUGGAUCUGGUGAUUGGGCCGAUUGGGGAUCGCCCGUGGGAGAGAGUUCUCCGGUCGUCUCGACAACCACGACCACCACGACCACCUCAUCGAAGCCGCUCGCGGCUGCAACGACGAAAACUACAUCUGCCUCCCCUGGGGGCCCUGGUAGACCGCCUAUUUCUCGACCGACGCGCCCUGGAGGGAGGCCGCCGCCAACACGUCCGGGUUCUCCUCCUACAUCUAGCUCUCUGCUGGUUGAUGCUUUUACCACAACUUCGACGGCGGAGCAACCGAGCUUCUCACAUCCCACUUGGCCUUCACAUAGCGGAACGGAGGAAAUAUGGCUAGAUUGGACCACUUCAUCGUCUACUACGAGCUCUCUCAUCGUUGACGGGGUUACUACAACCUCUUCUCUUUUAACUACAUCCACAACGUCAAGACCGAGCAGCUUCGCCUGGCCUUCGGAGAACGGGACAGAGAAGAUCUGGCUAGAUUGGACUACAUCGUCGUCGACUUCAAGCUCUUUGUUCGUUGAUGCUGCGACGACCACCUCGAUCCCUCUCACGACCACUUCCACAGGCUACCCGAAGCCGAGCAGCUUUACCUGGCCAUCGGAGAACGGGACAGAUAAGAUCUGGUUAGAUUGGACUACAUCAUCGUCGACUUCAAGUUCUCUGUUCGUUGAUGCUGCGACAACCACCUCGAUCCCUCCCACAACCACUUCCACAGGCUACCAGAAACCAAGUAGCUUUACUUGGCCCUCGGAGAAUGGAACAGAGAAAAUCUGGUUAGACUGGACUACGACUUCGACGUCUAGCUCUCUGCCCGUUGAUGCUGUGACAACAACCUCGAGCCUUCCAACGACGACUUCCGCAUUCUCGCGGCCGAGCAGCUUUGCAUGGCCCCCGGAGAACGGGACAGAUAAGAUCUGGCUAGACUGGACCACAUCAACUUCCAGUUCACUGUCUGUUGAUGCUGUAACAACCACUUCCGCCCUGCCGACAACCACCUCCGCGUUUUCGAGGCCGAACAGCUUCGCUUGGCCGUCGGAGAACGGAACGGAAAAGAUCUGGUUAGAUUGGACUACAUCUUCAACUUCGAGCUCCUUGUUUGUUGACGCUGCAACAACAACCUCGACCCUCCCAACGACGACGCCCGCGUUCUCGCGGCCAAGCAGCUUUGCUUGGCCCUCAGAGAAUGGAACAGGACAGAUCUGGUUAGACUGGACUACAUCGUCGUCCACUUCCAGUUCUUUGCAUGUCGCUGCAGUGACGACGACAUCCACGAUCUCUACUACCUCUUCAAGGGAGGGCAGGCCUUCUGGCGCUACCUGGCCUGCGGAGAACGGCAGUGCGUGGGAAGAUUGGAGUCGGACAACUUCGUACACAUCGACUGCAACGUCGUCCACAUCCACUCUCCUGCCUAUUGCCGACGCCACAACCUCUUCUCACACAAGCUCAAGAGCGUUUUACUCCAGCUGGCCGGCUGAGAAUGGCAGUGCCUGGGAAGAUUGGACCAAGACGUCUACGUCUACAUCUACGUCGACCAUCCUUCCUGUUGCCGACGCUACAACUUCAACGCUUCCCACGACGAGCUCCAGGCCAAUAUACUCUAGUUGGCCAGCUGAGAAUGGUAGUAUAUGGGAAGACUGGACGAAGACAUCAACUACGUCGACUGCCCUCUCUGUUGCCGAUGCUACAACUUCAACGCUUUCUACAACGAGCUCCAGGCCAAUAUACUCUAGUUGGCCAGCUGAGAAUGGUAGUAUAUGGGAAGACUGGACGAAGACAUCAACUACGUCGACUGCGCUCUCUAUUGCUGAUGCCACAACUUCGUCACUCCCCACAACAAGCUCGACGGUAGCGUAUUCCACUUGGCCGUUUGAAAAUGGCAGCAUGUGGGAAGACUGGACAAAAACACUUUCGUCCACGUCCACUCUUCUUUCCGUUGCGGAUGCUACAACUUCAUCACUGUCUACAACCAGCUCUAAGGUAAUGUACUCCAGCUGGCUGGCUGAAAAUGGAAGCAUGUGGGAAGAUUGGACCAAGACAACUUCGUCUAGUUCGACCGUUCUUUCUGUUGCCGAUGCUACAACCUCUUCCCCUAUAUUUACAACAACGUCUCAAGCGAGCUCAAGAGCAAGCUACUCGGCAUGGCCUUCCGAGAACGGUAGUGCCUGGGAAGAUUGGACCAGAACUUCAUCGUUGACAUCGAGCGUUCUUCCUGUUGCUGGCAUCACUACAACCUCAUCUGUUAGCACAACAAGUUCCAGACCUGGUUAUUCUACUUGGCCAAGUGAGAACGGGAGUGCCUGGGAAGAUUGGACCAGGACAUCGACGUCGACCUCCAGUGCUCUCACUGUUGCCGAUGCCACAACUACCUUCCUAAGCACAGCUACCUCCACAACUACUUUCCCAGCAGGAUAUUCCGCUUGGCCGUCCGAAAACGGCAGUGCCUGGGAAGACUGGACCAGAACAACUUCGACGUCGUCAACAGCUAGCGUCUCUACCACGACGUCAGCAUUUGCCUAUCCAUCGAGUCCUUACAACGGGACGUACAAUGGGAAUGGAACGUGGGAAGACUGGGCCGAGUGGUUGAAUCUGACUUCAGCAACGUCAACAUCAACCAAAUUGCCAGUUGACGCAUUGACUACCACUUAUUCAACCACGACAACCUCUAUAUUGACAACAAGCUCUGCUCCCUCGUAUCCAGGCUAUCCUUCCCAUACCGGAACCGUUGUGUGGGAGGAUUGGAGUCCAACAACGACAUCCGUCAAGCCGACAAGCUCUUCCCUUCUCCCAGUUGAUGCUCUAACUACCACAAGUUCCAUAUCUUCAACCACCUCCGUUGGUGCAUAUUCAGGCUAUCCAUCCUACAAUGGAUCCAUGAAUGGUACCUGGGAAGAUUGGAAUAUAACCUCAAAAGCUACAUCGACGAGCGCAACUACAACGAGCUCCUCUUUCGGAUACCCAGGCUACAAUGACUCGAAUUCUAUUUGGUUAGACUGGAAUCUGACGUCAACGACUUCUGCAGUAACGAGCACUUCUGCGUUACCUGUGGGAGCAGUAUCUACAGCCACAACAACGACCAGCUCUGUCUUCGGAUACCCGGGCUACCCAGGCUACAACGACUCGAACUCUGUUUGGCUGGACUGGACUUCGACGACUUCCGUAACAACGAGCACUUCUGCGUUACCUGUGGGAGCAGUAUCUACAGCCACAACAACGACCAGCUCUGUCUUCGGAUACCCGGGCUACCCAGGCUACAACGACUCGAACUCUGUUUGGCUGGACUGGACCUCGACGAGUUCCGCAACAACGAGCAGUUCGGCAUUACCUGUGGGAGCUGCCACGACUUCGACCUCGUCUUUGUCUCCUACUACUACCAGCUCUGUCUUUGGCAACCCAGGCUAUAAUGAUUCAAACUCUAUCUGGCUGGAUUGGAAUCUCACCGCGUUGACCUCUACUACCACGAGUAGUUCUGCGUUGCCGGUUGGAGCUGCUUCUACUGCCACGACUAACUCUGCGUUCGGCUACCCUGGCUAUCCGGGUUACAAUGACUCCAACUCCAUCUGGUUAGAUUGGACAUCGACGACUUCUGCAACAACGAGCAGUUCGGCGUUGCCUGUUGAUGCGCUAACUACAAGCCUGGCCUCCUCUUUAACUACAACCACAACAAGCUCCGUGUUCGCAUAUCCCACAGCCGGCAAUUGGACAGGUUAUAACGAGAGCGCGUGGCUGGACUGGAACUUGACAGUCACGAGAACAAGUACACUGUACGUUGACGGUCUAACUACGUCGUCUUCUAUCUCGACCACUACGAGCUCCAUCAGAGCGUAUCCAACUGGUUCAUACAACGGCACAGGAAACUGGACAGAGUCAGCUUGGCUUGAUUGGAACCUGACAUCAACAACGUCAACUUCCGUGGUAACCACCACGAGCUCGGCCAGGGCUUAUCCCACCGUAUCAUAUAAUGGCACAGGAAAUUGGACAGAGUCAGAGUGGCUCGAUUGGAAUCUCACGUCGACUUCAUUUGGCUAUGCUGGCACGACGACGUCUUCUCCCAUCACCAUGACUACGACAGUUUCAGAACUCCCGGUUGAUGCGGCUACCAGAUCUACUUCAUCCACUACCACUUUCUCGACGUCUGGCUAUCCCAGCAUACCGUCGCACAACGUAUCUGGUAACUGGUCGAAUUACAACGACUCGAACUCGGUGUGGCUGGAUUGGACAACAUCGACAAGCGCUGGAGCUGUAUCCACGACAUCUAGCUCGCAAGCAGGCUAUCCGACAAUUCCUGCCUAUAAUGGAACCGGCAACUGGUCAGAUUGGCUGUCCAACAUAACAUACAGCUCGUCCUCGCGAUAUGUCGAUCCACAAACGACUACUUCUUCACUGAGCACGUCCUCCGUGUUGUCUGUUGCCGCCACCGCCCUGACACCCACUUCGACUUCCACCACCAGCUCGGCGAUAGGUUACCCAACUAUCCCGGCGUAUAACGGGUCAUAUCCCUCGACCAACUGGACAGAUUGGAACGGUACAAUUCCAUGGAAUAUCACAGUCCCCGUGACAACUACGUCGUCUGCAACCACAUCGGCAGCCGGAUAUCCGACCAUGCCAGCGUACAACGGUUCGUAUCCUUCAACCAAUUGGACAGACUGGAACGGCACGAUUCCGUGGAACCUCACAACUUCCGUGUCAACUACGACUUCAUUGAGCACGUCCUCCGUUCUUUCAGUCGCCGCUACGGCGCUGACACCGACUACGUCAUCGACUACUUCGUCCACCACUACUUCCAUUGCGGGAUAUCCAACCAUACCAGCCUAUAACGGCUCAUAUCCUUCGCAAAAUUGGACGGACUGGAACGGAACAAUCCCUUGGAACGUGACGUAUGUAACUUCGUCCACUUCCACCACCAGUUCGGUUGCUGCCUACCCGACCGCCGCAUACAAUGGAUCGUAUCCUGCGACGAACUGGACUGAUUGGAAUGGCACCAUCCCGUGGAAUAUCACUUCGUCCUUGAGCACGACUUCAACACUCUCUGUUCUGUCUGUCGCUGCUGCCGUGACCAGUACCACUUCCUCAUCGUUAACGACAAGCUCGCAAGCCAGCUAUCCAACGAUUCCAGCCUUCAACGGAUCUUACCCAUCUACAAAUUGGACAGACUGGAACGGAACGAUCCCUUGGAAUUUCAGUUCGGCCGUCACCACGUCCUCGUCCACCACAACCUCUGUUGCAGGCAUCCCAACAAUCCCAGCCUACAAUGGAUCGUAUGCGGGCACAAACUGGACCGAUUGGAAUGGCACUAUUCCUUGGAACGUGACUGAUGGAAGAAGUUUGACCACGUCGUCGAGCGUAUAUCUCUCGACUAUGACAACGUCAAUCCUCUAUGUGUCGCCGACGGCUACCAGCUACACAUCGACGACGACCGUAUCCUCUGCGGCGUGGCCGACAAUGACUGCUCCCGCUUACAACGAGACACAGUGGCUUGACUGGCUCAAUGGCACGAACAGCACUGGAAACUGGACUCUGCCAGUCAAUGGUAGCUGGCCCCUGAACUUGACCGAUCCUUUGUCGACCACCAGUUCUAUGACAAGCACCGCUGCCUGGGCUUCACCAACAUUGGCGUACAACGGAACCGGCAACUGGACGGACUGGUACAAUUCUACAGGGGCCAAUGAGACGUGGCCAUUUAGCCUUCCCGCUACGACCAGCACCUCCCUGGUGCUGACGACAACAUCAACGCCAGUGGCCGUAACAACAACUUCGUCCUCGGUGUUACCUAUGACGACCUCGGCCUGGGCUUACAACGGGACUGGUAACUGGACGGACUGGGCCAGCAACGGAACUGCUCCAUUGAACUACACAAUACCUCAGUCGAACUCAACCAAUUCGAACACAUGGGGUAGCAACUCGACUUAUCCCACCAACAGUUCAUCCACAUGUGGAGCCACUCCGCCUUCGCAACUUCUGGAAAACCCGUCGUUUGAAUGUUCCAGUACAGGCUGGUCAUUGGAUGAAGUGGACAUUGUCUGGGGAGGUGUCACCGAAUCGUCGACCCCUGCCAAGCGCAGACGCGAUAUUCUGUCCCCUGAUACGGCAUAUGAUGGUAAAGGAUUCGCUCGGUUUGAGCCCACUUUCGAAGAUGUGACUGCUACACUGUCACAGACACUUGCCUCUCCAGCGACAAAUGGAUCCUACUGGUAUUCUUUCGCCUACCGAGUUCCGUCCUCUGGAGUCACUCCAGACGGAUGUACUUUGACAGUUUCGAACGAUGAGGGAACUCUGGCGACGCUGAGUUCACUCUCAGCCGCCAGCACCUGGACUAUGACCGGAAAAGAGUUCCAGGUAACAUCGUCAGCGAGCACGUUCUCUCUGGUCUUUAGCUGCGAAGGCGUCCAAACGGCUUCGCCAAUUCUGGACGUUGACAACAUCAGGAUGGGAAUCGGUGGUGGUAACUGGACAGCCGUGAAUGGAACAUAUGGGGGAAGUAGCAAUAGCACCGGGCUUCCAACUUGGAGUGGUCAACCUCCAACCAACGUCACAUAUGGACAACCUCCAGCCAACCUGACUAGGCCGGACUACGCCAGCAACUCAACCGACUACAGUGGAGGAGCUUAUGACGUGGAAACGGAAGACGCCCCAACCACUGAUCCUAUCACCACCUCUGUGCCCUCUCCGACGUCGACAAUUCCUGACAUCCAAAUGCCAACACCUACACCGUCGUCGUCGUCCUCAUCAACGGCACCAACGACGUCGUCUCCAACGGUGGUGGCGGCAGCGGAUCCAACAGUAACGCCCGACGCCAGUGAUCCCACCACGACGCCGAGUCCUGUAGCGACAUCGACCACGUCUCCUACGGCUGCUGCUGACGAAGAGUCGACCCCGUCAUCGACGUCAGCAACGUCCCCGUCCAGCACGGUGUUUUCUUCAAGGAACCGGAUUAAGAGGCACCGAUAUCAUCGGAACUCGUAG